AUGGUAGAAACACGAAAGCGUAAAUCUUCACCCGUCGACGACCGCCAGAAUAACCCGACAAAAAGGUCUCGCACAACUGUCAAGCCCAAGAAAGUCGUCAAGAAUCUUGGCACAUGCUCGAUGGACAAGAAGCAGAUCGGGGACAGCGUCAAAGCAGCACUGGCUUUGAAGUUCGACGACGACACCCCCGUCGUCGUCGUGGACAUCGGUCACCACCAAGCGGGCGAGUUGCUUGGUGUUAGCAAGGUCAAAGGAGGAAAUAGGUUCGCUACGACAUACCUGGCGGCUAUGUGUGUUGUGUUCUACCCAGACAAGGGGAUCGCCAAGCUGUGGGUGUCUGUGUAG